UACCCCAGAUAUUUGACAUCGGUGAACCAGGCUGGCAAGGGCUUUUCGGUUAAGGACCUGGAUGGUGAACUCUGUCAAACAGUUGUUGCACGUGUCUCAGGGUAGGUAAGAGUCAGCAGGUUGGAAACAACUGGGAUGAGACGACCGAGGGUAAGUGACGUCACGUGUAUGGACAGCUCCCCCUACAGGUACACCGUUGUUGUUACUGUCGUGGUGCGUUACGCUGUGCCAUAGAUUGUUGGACAAUACGAGAUUGCGAGAGGACGUCAUGCAUCUGGACGAUGCCCUGAAAGAUCUGGGGGAGUUUGGUUGGUACCAGCGCGUGCACCUGCUUCUUGUCUGUGGCUUCGCCGUUCUUUACGCGUGGCACGCGCUAAACAUGGUCUUCUUGGGGGCCGUACCUCACUUCCACUGCUCUCUCAGUGACGUCAAUGCCACGUGGUAUGGAGUCAACCAAUCACAGCUGAAAGAUCUCUUAAUUCCGGAGGGAGAAGGAUGCAAGCGGUAUUCUGUGAACAGCACACUCCACAGACUGACAGGUGUGCAGAUGGUAAACGCUGACGUCACUAACGGUACAGCAGCACAAGAAGCAUGUCCGGCGGGUUACGUGUUUUCUACAGACGAGUACGACAGCACCAUCACUUCAGAGUUUAAACUGGUCUGCACAAAGAAGUUUCUGCAAAGUAUCUCCAAGUCCGUGUUCUUUGCUGGAAGGUUGCUUGGAGCUGCAGUGUUUGGGCAGCUGUCAGACAGGUUCGGGCGUCGGCCUAUGUUUUUUGUGGGCGUGGCCAUGAUGAUGCUGACAGGAGGCGUGGCAGCGGCUGCUCCAAACGUGUUCGUCUUCCUGUCCAUGUAUCUUUUGCAAGGUGCCGCCAGCACAGGGGCUUUCGUUAUUUCCUAUACACUCAUCAUGGAGCUGGUUGGUCCCAAGUACAGAGUCUUCGCCGGCUUUGUGAUCCAAAUUUUCUGCAGUCUUGGUUACGUGUCCCUAGCUGGGAUCGCAUACUUCAUCCGCAACUGGAGAUACCUGGAAAUCGCAAUGACAGCUCCAUCUCUUCUCUUCCUGUUUUAUUGGUGGCUACUUCCCGAGUCCCUCCGCUGGCUGCUGUCGCACGACAAGACGGAGGAGGCGCGGCGCGUGCUGCAGACGGUGGCCAGUCGCAACGGCAAGGCGCUGCCCGAGGAUGUGGUCAAGAGUCUGCAGGACGACCCCAACCUGAAGGCCACGCGCACCUACACCGUGCUGGACUGUGUGCGCACCCGGCGUAUGGCCUGCCUCUCGCUCAACGUGUGGUUCAACUGGCUCGUCAACUCGCUGGUGUACUACGGUCUGUCUCUGAACACAGAGAACCUGGCAGGCUCACCCUACCUCAACUUCUGCUUAGUGGGAGCCGUGGAAAUACCCGCUUACGUACUGUGCAUCCUGCUUCUGAACCGGGUGGGUCGCCGGAAGCCUUUAAUCGUCAGCAUGGUUGUGAGCGGCGUUGCGAGUGUUGUAUCGGGCCUUAUACCUACAACCUCAAGCGAUCUCAGAACUCUUACGGUUGUCUUCGCAAUGAUAGGGAAAUUCGGCAUCUCUGCUUCAUAUGGGACCCUCUAUCUGGCAUCUGCCGAAAUCUUUCCUACUGUGGUCCGAAAUAUCGGCAUGGGAGUCUCCUCUAUGUCAGCUCGGAUUGGUGGUAUCGUGGCCCCCUUGAUACUAGACUCCACCGCCAUUGCUCCAUUUCUUCCCAUGAUGCUGUUCGGAGGUUUGUCCAUGUUGGCAGCGGCCCUGGCUUUUCUACUUCCGGAGACAGCGGGGCGCCCUCUACCUCAACUUCUGGAAGAUGUUGACUAUGGAAAUAACUGCAUCGCUUGCUGUAAGAGCAGAACUACUUCCAAAGGAAACGACAGCUUGUCCAUUCCAAGGAAAGAAAAUGAGCUUGGAGUGUUCUCUAUAUGCAAUCUUCCUGAACAGGACAAGACCGUAGUAUAAGUAAUAAGCAAACACAAUAUUUACAUCAAUUAUUACCAACAUUGUAACAAAGAUCAUGAAAUUCUAUAAUUACAUGUUGCCAGUCACAGUACAUGGGUAAGAAUGUGUCUGCACAUAAAAUAGUCUAGUUGUCAAACAGAAAUAAACUUUAAAGAGUAGAAAAACAUCUUUUUAAAAUAAUUUUUCUCGGAGCUACAGCGCUUUGCUGACUCGAACUCACUCACUCCUGUGCCGGGGUCCACACUCCUCACACUUUGCCUGCAUUCUUCUUCAGCAGCAAAAAUAAAUCGCUCUUUUCUUGUGGUUGUAGUUGUAAUUCAAAAUCAGAAUAUACAGUUGCAAUAUUUUAAUCUUAACAGCAAUAAUACCAGCAGCUAAGUAAAUCAGUUUAUAAAUGUAUAAAAAUUUAAAGAAUGUUACCAUACAAGACAGGAGUGAAAAUUGUCUUUAGAAAAAAAGCUGAUCAU